UUCCGGUGCGAGCAGACGAAGGGGAAACAGAUGACUCUGCUGCAGCUUUCAGGUUGAGGUUGACUGAAAACAUCUGAGGGCUGUUUCAGAACAUUUAAACCGCCAGAAGGAGUCAGUUUGAGAGAUGCAGUGAUGCAGUUUACCUCUACUGAGUGAGUCCACGUUCCCAGCGUUAACCAGUGGGCGAGCAGGGGGGCGGGCAGCCUUGCCCAGAGUGGGCGUGGCCAGCGAUGGACAGCCGAUGCAGCAGCAGCGCCGAUUCACGGCUGACCGGCAGAGGGUUGGGCUCUAUCAACACCACGCCCAUCUGCGCGAGGGUGGAGUCGUACGAAGCCGUGGAGAAGAAGUGCAUCUCUGACGUGAGGAGGACCUUCUGCCUCUUCGUCACCUUUGACCUCUUGUUCAUCACCUUGCUCUGGAUCAUAGAGCUCAAUGUGAACGGCGGCAUUCAGCAGCAGCUGGAUAAAGAAGUCCUGCACUACGACUACCACGCCUCUUUCUUCGACAUCUUUCUCCUGGCUGUUUUCAGGUUUGCCGCUCUCAUCUUGGCGUACGCCGUCUGUAAGCUUCGUCACUGGUGGGCCAUCGCGAUCACCACUGCGGUCAGCUGUGCUUUCCUCAUCGUUAAAGUCAUUUUAUCAAAGCUGCUGUCUCAGGGGGCCUUUGGGUACCUGCUGCCCAUCAUCUCCUUUGUGUUGGCGUGGAUAGAAACAUGGCUGCUAGACUUCAAGGUUCUGCCUCAGGAGGCCGAGGACGAAAACAGGUAUCAGUCCUUCAUGGACGCCACAGAGCGAGCUCCACUCAUGUGUCCGGGUCCUUUAUCUGACGGACAGUUCUACUCUCCACCAGAGUCUGUGGCAGACUCUGAUGAGGAUCUGGAUGAUAAACAUGAUCCAGAAAAAGGGCUCAUUCAGCAGGUGAUUUAACAGGUAAAAGGAUCUCUCCUUGUUCUCCUGCUCCUGUUGUGCUACUGAGGGAAAAUUCUGCCUUACACAUUCUGCCAUUUUAGUUUUUAUUCAUCUAAAAAGAAGUUUUUGUAAACUUGCACCCCACGAAUGCACUUCAGUUUCUGAUAACAGCCUUCUGCAUGUACACAGAUUGGAAACGUGCUGCUUUAAAAGCUACUUCAGUGUCAUGACUUGUGGUUAUGUUUUAGGACUUUUGUUUUGCACUUUGUCUGAAGCUCCCAGAUGCCCCAAGAAGAAUUUGGUUUUUAAAAAAGAUUAAAUCAAUAUAUUUUAGAUCAGUUUCAGUAUCAAACAAACCAUUUAUUUCUUCUCUGAGGUAAUCAUGUCUUAUAUUUCCGAUGUCAUGUUUACUUUUUUAAUUUGUUGAUCAUUUUCACUUGCUUGAGUUUGAAGUCACUGUAAAGGAAAAUAAGCUCGCUCCAUAGACUGCAUAGAAAAGAAGGAUUUCUCGGCCAGUAUUGAGUUUAUGGACCAUGUUUGUAGCAAAUGAGACGAAAUAUUUACAAUUUACUUAGUUAAAACGACUUAGAAAUGUAUUCAGUGAUUUUUCAGACUUCCUGCUCUUGAAAAAACACUGAAACAACCUGCAUGGAACAAUAUUAUAAAGAUCUGCAGCAUUUACACCUGAAUGUUGGGGAUACUGAACUGGAAGAGCUGUAAACUGCUCUCAAAAGCCGCUGAUGUGAGUGGAAAUUUAAAAAAAAAAAAAAAGUGUACAUAUCUUCAUGCAUGCCUUGCAAGCCCAGUGGUUUUGUUUUUACCAAAAAGCUUGUCUGUAAAAUAGAAUGAUUAAAAUGUGAAACUCA